AUGUCUUAUCAUCCAAUUAACAUCUUAAAUCAACCUAUUACUACCACUACUACUACUACUAUCAACCAUCAUCAAAAUAAGAUCAUCUCAACUCCAACUGGUUUAACUUUAGAUCAUUUGUCAUCUUCAAUACCAGUUUCAAUUCCAACUUGUGCAAAUUGUUCUACUCAAAUCACUAAUCCAUUUCCAUUUCGUGUUUCUUCACAGACAACACCACUUUGGCGUAGAGAUGAAUCAGGAGCGACACUUUGUAAUGCAUGUGCAUUAUUUCAAAAGAUGAAAGGAAGACCUAGACCGAUCUCACUCAAAACUGAUGUUAUCAAACAACGUCAUCGAAUCAAAGCUAUCGAUCGAGAAAUCAUUCGUUUCAAUCCACUUCAAAAGAUUUACAAGAAAAUCAAAUCAAUAGAUCAUUUCUCAAUUCAAGGAAAAGUGAACCAGGUGGAGUGUUAG